AUGGCGGGCCAGUUCCGCAGCUACGUCUGGGACCCUCUGCUGAUCCUGUCCCAGAUCGUCCUCAUGCAGACCGUCUACUACGGCUCGCUGGGCCUGUGGCUGGCCCUGGUGGACGGGCUGGUGCGGAGCAGCCCUUCGCUGGACCAGAUGUUUGACGAUCAGAUCCUGGGCUUUUCCACCCCCCCAGGCCGGCUCUCCAUGAUGUCCUUCGUUCUCAAUGCCCUUACCUGUGCCCUGGGCUUGCUGUACUUCAUCCGGCGAGGGAAGCAGUGCCUGGAUUUCACUGUCACUGUCCAUUUCUUUCACCUCCUGGGCUGCUGGUUCUACAGCUCCCGCUUCCCCUCAGCACUGACCUGGUGGCUGGUCCAGGUCGUUUGCAUUGCACUCAUGGCUGUCAUCGGGGAGUACCUGUGCAUGCGGACGGAGCUCAAGGAGAUCCCUCUCAAUUCAGCCCCCAAGUCCAAUGUCUAGAACCGGGUUCUGUGGAUGCUCUGCUGCGAUUUGGCCCCGCACAACAUGUUGGGCUGCUCAGACUCUCCAUCUAAGGUCCAACCCAGGUGUGAGUGAAGCCUUGGGUGUGGGAGAUGCUGUGAAAGUCUGUGAAGAAGGUAGGUAGUUGGCAGGAUUGCAGCUGCAAGGAAAGCCUG